UAAGCUCAUUUAGAUGAGCGCUAGACACACCCAUAGUAGUAUCGCAAUUAGAGUACUAGUAGUAGCUAGCAGUCUAGUACUACCGGCCUCCUCGUCUUCUUCCUCCCUCCUUGGUGCUACUAGCUAGGUACCUCGUGUACAACAAGUCAUGGACGCGCUAGGGAGUACAGCUUCGGUGGCGCAGCUGGUCGGGACCGUGGGCAGGCUCAUCUCCAAGAUCAUCGACGCAGCGAGGACGGCACGCCAGAACAAGCGGGAGUGCGAGUACCUCACGGCCCGCCUGUCCAUCAUCGGCGAGGUGCUGCCUCGCCUGCCGCAGGACACCAAGGUGAAGCGGUCGCUCACGGAGCUGGUCAAAACGCUGGGCGAGGCGCACGAUCUGGUCCUCGCCUGCAAGAACUGGAGCACCGCCAGGCACCUCAUCGGGGCACGCCGCCUCGCCGACAGCUUGAAGGAGGUCAACGCCAGGAUCGACUCCCACGUCGUCCUCUUGAACUUGGUCUUUACCACCUCCGGCUCCGGCUGCGGUGACCAAACCCUCCCUCCCAACAACACGGCGACGGGCUGCUCCUCGGGUCGUGCUGCCCCCGUGAGGCUCACCUGGGCGGAAAUAGCGGGGGCGACCAAUUACUUCGCCGACGAACUCAGCCGACGCAGCUCGGAGGUGUUGUACAAGGGCCGGCUCCGCGACGGCCCGGAGGUGGCCGUGAAGGUGCUCAGCAAGAACGGGCGGCAUGACGACGUGGAGGGCGCGGUGGUGGCGGAGGUCGAGAUCCUCUCCCCCCUCCGCCACCCACACAUCGUGCCCCUCGUCGGCUGGUGCUCGGAGGAGGAGGACCGCAUUCUCGUCUACCACCACGAGCACAUGAGCAACGGCACGCUCAGGGACCACCUGCUGCGCCUGCGCCGCCGCGUGCGCGUUCGAGCGCGCCUGAGGGGCGGCUCUACCUUUAGCUCGUCGCCGGUGAGGUCGGCCUGGAAGGCGCGCGUCGAGGUGCUGCUGGGCGCGUCGCGGGCCAUCGAGCACUUGCACCGCUGCGGGGUCAUCCACCGCAACGUGACCUCGUUCAACAUCCUGCUGGACGGCAGCUGGGCGCCGCGCCUGUCCGGAUUCGGCCAAGCGAUCUUGCUGGCGGCGGCCGGAGCCCAGGUCCUCGUCACUGAGGUCGUCGGCACACAUGGUUACGUCGACCCGGAGUACCGCCGCGAUGGGCGUGUGAGCGCGGCGAGCGACGUGUACAGCUUCGGGGUGGUGAUGAUGGAGACGCUGACGGGGGAGGAUCCCGCCACCAUGCAGAUGGACUCGGUGCUCCUCGCCAUACGGAACAGGAAGCUAAUGGAUGUGCUGGUCCGCCUCCCCGCCGCGACGCCGCGGCAGCUGGAGGCGCUGGAGCUCGUGGCGCACACGGCGGAGUGCUGCCUGUUUCCACAUGGGAACGACCGGCCUGCCAUGCCCGACGUCGUGGCCAACCUCGAGAGGGCCCUCACCAUCAUAAAUACGAAGCUAUUAUGUCCGCAAUAGCUAUUCGUAAGUUGCCUCGAGAGGUUACUGCAUGCGUUGCUGGAGGAAGAAGAAGAAGCCCGGGCCGUUCGGAUCUCAAUCCAACGACGAGGAAAAAUCGACUGGUUCUGGAAAAAGAAAAUCUGGAAACUUAUAUAUAUUCUGUCCUUAUCUAGUACUAUAUCAUUCCGGCGAUGGCGACGGCCAUGGCGACGACGACGGCUCAUCAAAAUGUGGUCAGCCUCUAGUGCUUUGUGUGAACCAUACACGGACAAAGAAAAAUGCUUCAGACUUUGCUCCUAGGCAUCCAUCACUACAGGAAAAAACUGUUUUACCGUAUGGUAAGCCAUAAGCCGAGUGCUUUUUUUCGGGCAUUCGGCUUAUCGACAUAUAA